AUGCAGCCAGAGAUCCUUGUUGGGGACGAGGGCGCCGUCGAGGUGGCGCGCCACCCCGACGCCGAGGCUGUAGUGACCGGCAUCGUCGGCUGCGCCGGCCUGCUGCCCACGGUAGCCGCCAUCAAGGCCGGCAAGGACAUCUGCCUGGCCAACAAGGAGACGCUCAUCGCGGGCGGCCCCUUUGUGCUGCCGCUGGCGGCCGAGUACGGCGUCAAGAUCCUGCCGGCCGACAGCGAGCACUCCGCCAUCUUCCAGGUCAUGCAGGGCCUGCCCGAGGGCGGCCUGCGCAAGAUCAUCCUGACCGCGUCUGGCGGCGCUUUCCGCGACUGGCCCGUCGAGAAGCUUGCUGACGUCACCGUCGACCAGGCCAUCACCCACCCCAACUGGUCCAUGGGCAAGAAGAUCACCAUCGACAGCGCAACGCUCAUGAACAAGGGCCUGGAGGUCAUCGAGGCGCACUACCUGUACGGCGUUGACUACGACGACAUCGAGAUCGUCAUCCACCCCCAGUCCAUCAUCCACUCCAUGAUCGAGACCGCGGACAGCAGUGUGCUCGCGCAGCUGGGCUGGCCGGACAUGCGGCUGCCCAUUAUGUACACCAUGUCGUGGCCCGAGCGCGUCAUGACCCGGAACGAGACGUGGCCGCGCCUCGACUUCUUCAAGGCCAACAGCCUCACCUUCAAGAAGCCAGACCACGAGAAGUACCCCGCCAUGGAGCUGGCCUACGCGGCGGGCCGCGCGGGCGGCACCAUGACCGGCGUGCUCAGCGCCGCGAACGAGCAGUCCGUCCAGAUGUUCAUCGACGAGCGGAUCGGCUACCUCGACAUCAUGCGCCUCAACGAGGCUUGCUGCGAGGCCCACAAGGCGGAGCUGGUGCUGAAGCCCAACCUGGAGGAGAUUGUGCACUACGACCAGUGGGCGCGCAAGUGGGUGGAGAACGCGGUCGUGUCGGGGGCGUUCAAGCCGCGCGUCGUGGUCGCGGCCAAGUGA